GAGCCCUGUUGCCGUACCGCAAUCAACUGCAAUCCAUGCUAGGCACUGGUCAUUCUUAUCCUUCCCUCUUUCGUUCUGUAUCCUUAUCUUAUCGUUAUAUUCGUUUUCGUUCGAGUUUAAUGUCGACCCACUCCUACAGGGAGGCCAUCGAAUGCCUCAAUUCUCUGCAAUCCAAUGCCGUCGUGUUGGAAGCAGUGCGCGCAUCUGGAGGCCGUUCGAGCGCCUUUGCCAUCCCCGAAAUGCUCGAGUAUCUGGAACGCAUCGGAUAUAGCCCGGACGAUCUCAAUGCCCUCAAUGUGAUUCAUAUCACUGGAACAAAAGGAAAAGGUUCUGCCAGCGCUUUCACUAGCAACAUUCUUCAGCAUGCAAAGCCAGAAUGGAAAAUUGGUUUGUAUACAUCCCCCCACCUGGUCGCUGUACGCGAGCGUAUUCGCGUCAACGGAGAACCUAUAUCUGAGGAGCAAUUUACAAAAUACUUCUUCGAAAUAUGGGACAGGUUGGAGAAGAAUGAUAAGAGGAAAUACGAGAACACUCCAGCAAAACCAGGAUACUUCCGAUAUCUGACUUUGCUUGCUUUUCAUGCUUUUUUGGACAUAAAAGUGGACGCGACGAUUCUCGAAGUUGGCGUGGGGGGCACUUACGAUAGUACAAAUAUCGUUCCUAAGCCCGUGGUCACUGGUAUCACAGCACUCGGCAUAGACCACGUCACGGUGCUUGGAAAAAACCUGAAGGAAAUUGCAUGGCAAAAAGGAGGUAUUUACAAGGAAGGCAUCCCUGCUUUCACUAUGGAGCAGCCUCAAGAAGGCAUGGAGGUAUUGCGCGAACGUGCUAAGGAGCUCAAGGCCUCCAGCUUUACAAUUACCCCUGUGUUGCCUGGUCUUAGCGACGUGAAACUGGGUCUCGCGGGUGUCCAUCAAGUACAGAACGCCAAUCUUGCGGUUUAUCUAGCCCAGACAUACCUGCAGACCGACGUAGCGUUGGACGACUACGUUAUAGAGGGUCUCAGGAAGACAAGCUGGCCUGGAAGGUGCCAAAGAGUAUCAGAUCCCUCAUCAUACAAUUUGACCUGGUUUUUGGACGGGGCGCAUACCCUUGAGAGCCUUGAUUGCUGUAUGCAGUGGCACGUCAGUCCAGGUGUUGGUUUGCCAGAAAAGUUUACCAGCCCACGACCAAAACGUAUACUUGUCUUUAAUUGCACAAGCGGACGAUCUGGUUCUUCCUUCCUGUCAGCCAUGUACGCAAAACUGUCGGUGCAACUCCAAUUUCAUCAAAGCUCAGAGGCUCCCGAUCGGUACUUCGACGAAGUCAUUUUCUGCACUAACGUAACCUACGCGGACGGAGGCUUCAAAGGAGAUUUAACUGCCGUCUCGAUCCCAGAAGGUGAUUUGGCCGAGUUAAAGACUCAGCACCGACUUGCAGCCGCCUGGCAUGGCAUAGUGCCUUCAUAUCCCCAGGAAUCUGUCCAUGUCCUGCCCUCUGUCGAACAUGCGGUGGACCUAGUGCGGAACGUUACCUCACAGUCUACUAACGGCGUAGGCGUUCUGGUCACCGGUAGCCUGCAUCUGGUGGGCGGCCUAAUAGAGGUCGCAAAUCUCGCCAGAGUUGCAUUGUAGAUUGAUAUUGAUAUCGCAGGUACACCUUUAACAGGUUAAUUGAGAUAUAAUGAUUAAAUACUAUACAUUGUAGAACCGUGAAAC